GUUGAGACUGUUAAAUGUAUACGCUACGCCGUUCGUUUCAGUCAAAUGUUGUACAUGUGUUCACUUGUAGGAAUUACCACAUUCACAAAAAGAUUGGUGACUACAUAAAAGAUGGUUACUAUUCGGAAAUUUUGCCAAACAAGAGUGAAAAAUACUUGUCAGACCUUGAAACAACUAAAAGGUUCUCUGUGUACUGUGGAUUUGAUCCUACAAGCGAUAGCUUACAACUGGGUAAUCUUGCAGCUGUAUGUGGCCUACUCCGGUGUCACUUGUCUGGGAAGGAUAUUAUUGCAGUUAUUGGUGGAUGUACUUGUGUGUUGGGAGACCCUAGUGGCAGGAUAAAAAAACGUGACUACCAGUCUAGUGAUCAGUAUGCAUCCAACUCCACCUUUAUAGAACAGAAUCUUGUCCAAAUUUUCAGCAAUUACCAAGCACAAAUCGCUCCGCGUAUAUCUUCAUCCGAAAACCUAGGAUCCAUCCAUAUUGUCAACAAUAGAGACUGGCUGUCAAAUGUGACAAUGAUAGAUCUUUUGCUUAAAUUUUUGCCUUUUUUUAAGUUACCAGAACUACUGGAGAAAGAAAGUGUUAAAUUAAGAUUGGAAACUGCUAAUACUAUGGAUCUUAGCGAAUUUCUUUAUCCCGUAGUACAAGCAAUGGACUUUCUACACUUGCAUGAAAAAUACAAUUGUUACAUGCAGGUUGGUGGACAUGAUCAGAUUGGUAAUAUAAGUUGUGGAUUAAAUCUCAUUUAUCGCAAACUUGAUCAGCGUGUCUUUGCUAUCCCUCACAUAUUUGAUUUUGCUGUAAUUUUCAUUCAGCAAACAAACUGUUUAAUUGGUAUUAAACAUAUAACAAGCAAUGUCGUUACAAGAUAUGCCUGCCCAUACGUCACCAAAAUAUACAAGUCUUUUCUGUACUCCGACUCGUUUCUCACGAAUAUCCUAAUAAAUACAAUUACAUUUAAUUCUGGUUUAACCAUCCCUUUGAUAACUACUCCCGAUGGUCAGAAAUUGGGCAAAUCCAUUUCCAGCUCCGAAAGUGGGAUGGAUACUCUCUGGUUAAUGGGGAACAAGUUAAAACCUUAUAGCUUCUACCAAAAAAUCCUGAAUCUACCGGAUGCUAUUAUAUCAGACAAACUAGUUCAACAGUUAACCUUUUUAUCGCCAGAUGAGAUUAAACAGCUAUUAGCUGACCAUAAGGUAAGUUUUUUCUUAUAUUCAAAAAGCUUCAGUUACUAUUUGAAGAGUUUUGUAGUGCCCUCUACUAUCUUUUGUUUCUCAAAGUUAUAACAAUCAUUUCUGAUUUUCUUACAGUGUGUUUAUGGCUCCUAGUCUGUCAUGUAAGCCUUUAUGGGGCUUUCGCAUAAUAUUUAAAUAAUAUUGGUUAAAUAUUAUGGUCGCGCUUCAUUUGGUAGCGUGUUAAAAGCUAGCUGGCGCUUUCUGGCACUAAUUAGCAAAGUGUCUCUGCAACCUUAAAUAGAUUUAAGUCCUUAAUCUGACUGUAAUUUUUUCACUUGAAGAGUACGUGCCAGAAAACAAAAACUUAAAUUCACAACUUUCUGUUAUUUUUGGCUGAACAGCCUCAAACAAUCUUUAAUCAUCCAACGUUUACUUAGGACAAAGCCGCUUCGUGUACCACUGCAAACAGAUACUUGAUUACUCGUUAUGAGAGCAAGACCAGGUGAAAAUAGCGGCAAACGUUGUAUGCAGAUGUGUCUUAUUUAUAUAAGCUCCAUAAAUAAUACAACUAAAGGAAACCAAAUGAACCGGCAAAGUAGUGGAAAGAAUGAUAAUUGUUUUUUUUAAAAAACUAGAAGAAAAGGCUCAUGAAAUCAAACCAAGUUAUGGUAACUAAACAGUAUACUAUGGUUUGUCUGUAAAACAUAUUAAGAUAGAAGUAUACCCAUCGCUUCCAUUACGAUUGGGUUUGAUCCGUACUUAGUAUAUCAAGUAGCCAACCAUUUAUCGUUUGGAUUAUACGUCACCUCUUUUGAUAAAAAUCUGCAACAUCGAUUGACAUUCACUUUGGAAUGAUGGUUUAGUUUCCCAACUCAGUAGAUAUAUGUUGGAUGAAAUGUUCGCUAUUUAAAUCACCGUCAUUGAAGAAAAGUUGGUUUGAGCAGGUUAAAAAUACAGCAUCUGCUGCUCUUGUGUGAACAUUUUCGCGAGCAUACGGUUAGUACCGGGAUGUAGCGUUAAUGGAAUAAUUCGUCAAAGUGGUUAACACUCCCAUCUACACUACAUUAAUAUUGUUGUUAGGCGAAGAAGUCAGCGAAGGUCAGUCAUGAAAAUUAUGCGUUUCAACUUGUCAUAUUUUUUCACAGUAUUCAAAUUCCCCUACCUUUGCAAUGAUUCAUUCAUCACAAUUUUAUUACAUUUGAAUACUUAUCUUUUUGUAUGGAAAAUAAAAGUAGAGUGGGGAAGUGCGAAUAGAUUAUCAAUGUCAGAGUAUCAAAUGGCGAUAAUUAAUCAAAGAAAUUACGAUAUUACUUUUUAAAAACUGAAAACAUUUCCCGACAUAAAUUUAAAACAAGCAUCGAAUGUUAAAAAGACUAACAAGAUAUACUGAAUCCAUAGACAAAUAGAAUGUAUCAGCAAGAUACGCUACAUACUUGAUCACAUAUAUCCCAUACAAUAACACUGUUCAACACAUUAUUAUUAUUAUUUGUCCCUUGGGUUCCUAAUGGAAAGAUUUCGGCUAAUAAAAUGGAGCUAUAACAAACGGAAUGAAAGCAGAGUAAAGAGAAAAUUACAACCCAAAAACCAAUUAGUCGUGAAAAUGAAACCUACUAGCAAAAGGGACUGAACAAAAUGCUUAUGUACACAGAGUUAAGGAUUCUGCUUGCGAAUAGCUAGAGCUUCUGCUUUACAAAGAAUAAGUAGUCUAAAUCCUUUUGAACAUCUCAGUCUCACCUUAUACAUUACAUGGAAGGAGUUAUGCACAGAUACUGUGUGACUUUCCAGAACGAUAUGUCCCAAAGUAGAUCUCCUUAUUGAUCUGAAUUCUGUUAUCGAUAACCAUGCUGGUAAAUGUUCGUGAACACGUCUUGAUGGUAUCCUGCUGGUACAACCUGUGUACUCAACCCCACAGGAGCGAGUAGGUUUAUAUACACACAUGGAUAUUGCCAGCAACGAAACUUUUUGUUUGACGUCUUAGCAAACUAGUGUUUGUGUGGAGAAAGUUGGACGCCGGGAUGCAGCGAAGAAUGUUCUUCAAAUUGCUUUCGAUAAACGAGCUUGUAGAACUUGGUUUUCAUUGUGUUGUCCAUAGAAACAGAAUCCAAAUCGAUAAACAACUCUAUUUUGGAACAAAUUGUUGUAGCAGGUCACACACCAUCUCUACAAAACCUAUUUGAUGUGAUGUAUACAGUGAUAUGGAGCCGUUCAAAAGGAUUUCGACUGUCUUCUUUGUACAGCAGAGGCUCUGGUUAUUCACAAAGAGUAUCCUGAACUCUGUGUACAUAAACAUUUCGUCCAGCCCCUUUUGCUACCAUGUCUUUAAUUUCACAACCCUUCGAUUUUCGCGUAAUAAUUUCCCCUUUAGUUUUCUUUCAUUCUGUUUAUUAUAGUCCCACUUUAUUGAUGAAAAUCUUUCGCGCUUUUUUGUGCAUGACAAUCCUGUUCACUCAUUUGAUCUUUCUAAAAAAAACAAGGAUUUCUUAGCUUUAUUCAUUAUUUUAUGUCUGCUUAUCCCCCCCCUACACUAAUGGUGUUCUCUUUUGAGUGAACAAUCAAUGAGCUGAAUACAGAUUACUUCCCUCUGAACAUAUGACUUAGUGGUCAAUCGAGACGUGUGAGAAGAGUGUUGGGGUAAACUUCAUAAGGAAACAAGGAAACAGCUUAAUUAUGGUAUAUUUUGUCAUGAAAAUAGUAAUAGUAAUAAUUUUGAUUAGAGGGAACAGAUUUUGUGAAGAAAGAAGAUCAUUAUCGUAAAGGUGGUCAUUGAAGGCAAUGAGCAGGUAGUAAAAGCUUGGUGUGAUUAGACCACGUUGCAAUUACUACCAUUAUAGAUUCAAACUAACUGCCAUUUCUUUGUGGAUGCAGAGGUUCAGUUCAACAACUCAAGUUGCAUCUUCUACAAUUGCAUCUUAUUCCACUAUAUACUAAUGAUCGUAGAUUAUUUAAGGGAAUUAAUAUCAUACCCAUAGCUGUUUCGCCCUUCAGCUUCUCGGAGGUUUAUUUUCUGCAAGCUUUAAUCAUUUAGGUAGAUGCUCAGUCACUCGGAUAAACAGACGCCUCUCUCUGUACGACUUAUGUAUUUGCUUACGCAGAUACAUUCGAAUUGAUGCAUGCAUUCAGAGGUGUCAAGGACCAAGGUCCUGUUUUCCCCCGAUUGUCGUAGUAUCCUUUUACGUAGAUACGACGAAGUCAACGGUCUAUCUCACAUAGAAAUGCAUUGGUUGAAGUUGCUGCGCUUCACAACAGCGUACGAAGAACAAGUGGGUAAGAAAGGAGUUAUAUCAAAGUAGACAAAAGUGCACGCCAGGAGAGGAGAAGAAAUAAAUGGAGUUUAGUGACAAUGUUCAAACUUAAAAGCACGUCAAAGAGUAAACAUAGCUUCUCCACUAUGACCGGUUUUUUAGCAGGGUCUCCGGUAGCUGAUUCCUACUAUCUUGGGGACCUCAACCAGGCAAUCUACAUCUCCCUAGACGACUCAAACGGACAGUCAAACUUCAUGGACUGGUACCAUUUAGCGUUACUCAGUAAGAUCAUCUUUUCAACGCAGUAAGUAUUUCUGAUGAAUCUUCCCAGUCUUCGCCCAACUACCUCUAACAUAUCAUCACCUUUAAAUAGUAAGGUGAUAUAAACUGGCUUUUUUGAUUGAUACUGGUAAGGACUCUUUUUUAUUUCCUACCCCAAAACCUGGUUUUUUUUAAUACUAAAAUUACUUCUCAAGAUUCUUACUUCAUAAUCAACUUUGCUGUCAAAACAGAUAUUUCUGGCUCUACUUAACGGCGUUUUGGUUACAUUGAUUUUAUACGGGGUUGGGAAAUGACUUAAAAUGAGUGUACUGUCCCGUCUACGAUGAUUUUCGUUAAACCCAUGGGUUCUUUUCACAUGUGAUCAGAUAAUUUUAUUCAUGCCCUAUCAUGAAAGUUGUAUUUGGAUGACAUGAGUUAAAACUUUUUUUCUGCCUCCACUUCGCCUCUACAUACAAUGAAGAUGUAUCUCUGGCGAAGCUCUAUCUGUUUUACCAAGAACUUCAAGCUAAUAAAUUCCAAACUUCAAAGAAAUAAGUUGACAAACAUUGGGUCCGUAAGGACUCCCCAUUGCAACAUCAACUCGACGAAAUAAUUGGUCGCUAAACUGAAAUUUGACAUGCGUGGUACACAUAGGUAGCAGCUGCUUCAACUAGUUCUCUGGGUUAGGGAUAUUGUCAACUUCUAUACAUAUAACAUCAAUGGUUUCGUCAGCCGGCACAUUUUUUAGAAAUAUGGUAUCAACUGAGACAAGUUGUUUACCAGUACUAUUUAGAUCGGUGGUAUUUCGAACAGAUUGGGAGGUGUCAGAAAUGGUAUGUUUCCCGAAACGUUCGGACGUUAGCCUUAGAAUCCCACAUAACCACUAAGCUACUUUAUGAUGAGAUAAAUCUGUCAUUCACAAUGUAGUCAUCCAUGGCUUGUAAACUUGAACAUGCCUAACAUAACUUUGGAAUCUGUGAUCCAGUUGAUUUAAUGUCUCCAAGUAUGCUUUCGUUAAUGUACUUAUCAUUGUUAUUAUAAUUAAUUCCAGUAUACACCUGGUUUGCUAUGUUCAGACGAACGUUAUCUAAGUAUAGAAUAAUUGCACAGUAAAUUUGCGAAGUUUUACACAGGGGGUUAAAUAAUUGAUUAACAAGAAGGGAAUAAAUAGUUAUGUCAAGUGGUCAAAUUUUAACGAUGCUUACAAUAGAAAAAAAUUGUUUGUUUGUCAUCUAAAUUAGAAUUUUCGCAGUACUGAAAUCUUCUGAGCAUUGGGUUGCGUUAAGGGGGGGGGUCCUCAAUUAGUAGCUGAAGAACUGUGAAAGCUUCAGUAAAACAAGGAUUUCGAUGGGUUUUUAAUCGUUUUGUUGCCAAUUAUCUCACGUCGUUACUUAUUCUUAAAUCCCUUUUCAAUACAGAUUAAUCCUCAUCUUCGGAUAGUGCAAAAAGUUCUGGCUCAGGAACUCACUUUAUUAGUUCAUGGAGCUGACGCUUUACAAGCUUCGGAACUUGCAACUCGAAUAUUUUUUCCAAAGAGUUCUGUAAAUCGAAUUGAUGAUGAUCGAUCAAAUAACAUCAGUUACCUACAAGUUAUCCACGACAAAUUGAGCGGUUCAGAAAGAAACUAUCUAAUUUCAUGUUUGCAACCAUCAUCAAAAUUUUUGCCAGUUAUUUUUUCACGAAAGUCAACUGAUUUCUUUAAGAAGUGUAAAAAUAGUCACACUGAACUGGUAGAUAUACUUUUGGAUUUGGUUAUGCUUGGAUCAAAUUUUCAAGACAAAUCUGAGGCUUUAGAAAUAUGUUGCACUAGAGGUGUUACCCUAAACGAUGUUAACCUGUUAAGUAAAGGUAAGAAGCCAGAAAUACUACCUGAAAAUGUUAAAGAAGCAUUUAACAGAUUCGACUCGACUACAGGCCUGGGUGUCCUACGACUAGGUAAACAUGAACAUUGGUUCAUUACCACUCAAAUGUAGUUCAGCAGAACACAUUUCCAUUUGUAUAGUUGGAUAUUUGCAUAUAUGUAUAGUAAAUGAGUUUUUCAUACAUUUUUGUGUUUUCUAAACUGAAAAAAGAAAGUCAUAAACUUUGUUCACAUUUUUUGACAAAUCUAUAUGCUAUUUACA